AUGCCCGAGGGAGCCGAACAAAAGCCAGAAGAACAGCCCGGGCCAUCAGAAUAUGCAGAGAGCCCUCAGCAAAACGGCCAUGAUGAACCGUCACCUCCGCUGGAGAAGCAAACCACGGGUGGCCCGCAAAUGUCGGUUUGGGAACUGACAGUACUUUUCGGCGCCGUGUUCUUCUCUGUUUUCCUGAUGGCUCUGAACGGCUCGAUUGUUGCAACCGCUAUCCCUCGAAUUACAUCGCACUUCAAGUCACUCGAAGACAUCGGGUGGUAUGGCAGCGCCUCCCUGAUCUCGACAUGUUGCCUGCAACCACUUGUAGGCAAGAUUUACACGCAUUUCCCAAUCAAGCAUACAUACGUUACCUUCAUGUCCAUCUUUACCAUCGGCUCAGUCAUCGCCGGCGCAGCUACGUCUUCGAACAUGCUCAUAGGUGGGAGAGCGGUCCAAGGCGUGGGAGCUGCUGGAAUGAUCAACGGAGCCUUCACAACGAUCGCGUCCUCCGCACCAGAAAAUCAGAAACCAAUGUUCACUGGAGUCGGUAUGGCUUUAGCUACGGUUGGUCAAGUUAUCGGACCUACGAUAGGAGGUGCCUUGACACAGAACGUCUCAUGGCGUUGGUGCUUUUACAUCAAUUUGCCUCCUGCUGGUGUGGUUCUUCUCGUCCUCAUGACCAUCAAUAUACAGGAGCAGACUGAAAAGAAACCCGUAAGGUCGAAUUGGAAGCAUAUCGUCACUUCAGAGCUGGACCUGAUCGGAUUUGGUCUCUUUGCACCAGCCUCGGCGAUGUUGUUGCUUGCAGUGAUCUGGGGUGGAAAUAAGUUCGCGUGGGAUUCUUCCACGAUUAUUGGGUUGUUCUGUGGCUCCUUCAUCACAUAUAUCAUCUUCGCAGCGUGGCAGAUUCAUCGCGGCGAGAAGGCCAUGAUACCUCCACGGAUCAUUCGAAAGAAGCUGGUGGUGGCCGGUUGCGCGACGAAUUUCCUUGUAAUGGCGUCAAAUCUGUCGCUAUCAUACUACUUACCGCUCUGGUUUCAGGUGGUGAAGGACGCCAGUCCAACAAUGAGUGGUGUGGACCUUCUGCCAACAGCCAUAGCUCAAAGCUUUGGGGCUCUAGCGGCUGGGAGAUUCGUCCAAGUUCUGAGAUAUUGUGCCCCUUGGGCUAUUUUCGGGUGCAUGAUAUCCGCGGUCGGUUCGGGCUUGAUGACCACCUUUACUCCAUCAACUGGCACGGGAGUAUGGAUUGGAUAUCAGAUCCUCGUUGGUACUGGCCGUGCCUCAGUCUUUCAAAUGCCCCUCACUGCGAUUCAGGGUUUCCUCCCAAAGAAGGAACAAGCCAUGGCCACCUCACAGGUGUUCUUUUUUCAAUACCUUGGGGGUACAAUCUUCCUGGCCCUCGCUGAGACAAUCUUUACAAGCAGCCUGCGCUCAGCACUACACCACGAUGCCCCAGGCGUUGAUGCUGAAAGAGUCAUUGACGCUGGUGCGUCGGCGGUCAGGUCAGUCGUGACGAAAGCUGCCCUGCCUGGGGUCCUACAGGCCUACAACCAUGCCAUAGUUGAUACCUUUUAUUUGGCGGUCGGUGGCACUUGCGGAGCCUUCUUCGUAUGCUUUGGGCUGGGCUGGCAGAAACUCCCGCAGAAAGAGACCAAGAAGAAUGAUAAAGGGGAAGGCCUCGAGAGGACAGCGAGUAAUAUUGCCUAGGCAAAGCCUGCGCCAUAUAGGCCUUGCAGCUGCUGUUUCCAAACGAUUGAGACCCGAUGCUCAGUAUUGAGCGUUACGGCUGACCCAGUCCCCACCUCCAGCGAUACCGCCACCGUGUUGGUGGUGUUGCUUCUCCUGCUCAUCUCGAUACUGCUGCAAAAAUUUGCGGAAGUCCCCCGGGUCCAUUGCCUUGGCCUGCUCCAUAAGUU